GCAAUUCCUCAAAAGAUUUAAGUACCCAGUCUACAUAUCAAAGCUAUAUCAAGAAAAAUACUUGGUUCAGAAGUCAGAUCGAGAUGCAGGAAGAGAAACAACAGAUUGAUCACUGAUCAGUGACUGUGCCAAACAGAAAGUGAGGAAAUACGAAUGGUGAGUAGGCAUUUAUAAUUUUUUGACAAACUAAGGUAUAUCAUCAUUAAUUUAAAUAUCUAAUCAGAAGCCAUGAAGUGCCCGUUAUUUGUGUCAUACGUGAGACGUGAGAAUAGGCUAAAGACCCAUACCGAUUCUAUAAUGCAGUGGCUGCCGAAAAUCUAAGACGGUUACUAAUGCUAAAAUUCUCUUAAAAAUCCCCUUUUUAUUGGAAAAAUAAAGCCAUAUAACGAUGAACACUCGUUUUUAUGUGUUUUAGUGUGCAUUUAGUUCCUGGAAAUACAUGUUUUGAAAUUGAUCGUUGUCUGUCUAAUUAAGCAUCAUUAUAGUAAAUAUGAGUUAAUAUGUGGAGGAUGUUUUAAUCUUAGAAAUAUCAUAAUGUAAAAUAUUGCGUACUUAUAUCAUAAAAACAUGGAAUUUAUCUUAAAUCAAUUAAACUGUCUGAGAAGCUCGUCAAAGUACGCCACAAAUUCUGGCGUGAAAUGGACGCCGCUGAAACCGCAAACAGCUGAUGAUUGUCGGUGUUUUGAGAUGUGCACAGCUGCUCACGGUUAAAAUCAGUUUACGGUAUCCUCAAAACCAGCGGCUACCAAUACCGUAAAGAGCGUGCCGUGUUUUCGAUUUCACAGAGUUUUAUAAGAUUGCGUACUAUAUAUCCAGCCUUAGAGUGCUGCCAUAUCCAUUUCACGGCGUUUAUAAGAUUGGGCCCGGGUGUGGGUGUCGAGUGUCGACGACGAACGGACGAAGACGACGAAGAGAUAGGGGACAUUGCUAAGGCGAUAUAGCAUGUAUAUUGUAUGAAUAAUGUAGCUUUGGGCGAGCGAAGGAAAGGUCCAAAACCUGUUUAUCAAGUCAUUAACGCUGCAGAACAAUAUCUUAGGAAGCGAGAGCCGAGGUCUGUUGGGGUGCUCCCAAGACUCGGACGCGGAGGAGGCGGAGGCACCGGGACGGUCAGCCAUGGAGGCCGCUCCGACCGGCCGCCGGCGGCGCACCUGGUGGGAUCAAAUGGUGGCCACCGUCCGGCGCAACGUCACCAUCAAACUGAGACAGAAACGACGCACCACGGUGGAGGUCUUCAUGCCCAUCUACAUCUUCGCGAUCCUGGCAAUUGUGCGCGCUGUCCAGCCGGAGACCUCCUACCAGGCGGUCGUCUCAGAGCACGGGUCCGCCGUGGUCACCGGCCCCCUCUCGGCGGCACCCACUCUCCAACUCCAUGUCACCCCUGACGGGACGGCCCAGCGGGAGUUUGGUCGCCGGUUGGCGGCGCGACUGAACACGUCUGUUGAGUACCACGCCACAGAGGCGGAUCUCGAGCAGCUGAGCACUGCACUGCCGGCCCAGCAGAUAGUGGCCGGUCUGGUGCUACCCCCAGAGCCGGGCACGAGGGACCUCGAGUAUACAAUCCGCACCGAUCCAAGACUGAUGCUGAGUGUAGCCAAAUGGGCCGGCGUGGGUCAGUGCCGCGGCCAGGGCGCAGAGGGAGGCCUGGAGAACCCGGCCACCUGCCCGACCAACGACUACUUCUACAGCGGCUUUCUGCAGCUGCAGAGUCACAUCGACGCACUUAUGAUGGAGGACCAAUCCAAGCAGAUGGUGCCAGUGACGAACCUUACGAUGCUGAAUGGGCCGAAACACGAGGAAUCCACAGACAGCUCAGAGUUUCUGCGCAUUUUCGUGCCCCUGUAUAUGGCGAUCUCGCUGUCUCAAUUUAUCACCUACCUGUUGACUUUGAUCGUCGGAGAAAAGGAGGCCAAGAUCAAGGACGGCCUGAAGCUGAUGGGUCUCCGAGACUCAGUCUAUUGGUUCUCCUGGUUCGUGGUGUACGCCGUGUAUGUGUUCGUCGUGGCCAGCAUCUGCAUUGCCAUCAUGGUGCUGAGCAACGUGUUCCCCUACUCCAACAACGCCUACAUCUACCUGGUCUACGUGCUCUACGGCUGGUCGCUCGUCAUGUUCGGCUUCAUGCUCACUCCGUUCUUCACCAAGGCCAAGGUGGCCGGCGGUGUGGGUAACCUGGCAGUGACCGUGGUCUCACUGCUGUUCCUGCUCCAAGUCUACCUGGAAGGAAUGCCUCACGGCGUGUACUGGCUCAUGUCUCUCAUCAGUCCGGUGGCCUUCACUCUGGGCAUUGAUAGGGCGGUGGACUUUGACAAUCGGAAGAUCGGCCUACACAGCUUCAACAUGUGGGACGACAGCGGCGGGCUGCCCUUCGGCGGCUGCAUCGUCAUGCUGUGCGUGGACAUUGUGCUCUACGCCUUCCUGGCCUUCUACUUGGAUAACGUCCUGCCCAAUGAAUACGGCCGUCGGGAGUCGGUGUUUUUUAUUUUCAAGAAAUCUUACUGGUUCGGUUCGAACAAAUCACUGCUGCUGGCUGACAUGGACGGCGACCACGCGGCGCUGGACGGCCAGGACUCGAGUCCCGACGUCGAGCCCGUCUCCGGCGAGGUGAAGCAGAAGCUGGCGCUCAGGGUGUUCGCCCUGCGGAAGGAGUUCACCAACAACAAGAAGAAGGUGGUGGCAGUGAAUGACCUGAGCCUGGACAUGUACGAGGGACAGAUCACCGCCAUCCUGGGGCACAACGGCGCCGGCAAGACGACCUUCUUCAACAUGUUGACCGGCCUGACGACGCCCACCAGCGGCACGGCGUCCAUCUAUGGACUGGACAUCACUGACCCGGGUGACCUCCGCGACCUGUGGGGGAUGAUCGGUCUGUGCCCUCAGCACGACAUACUGCUGGAUGACCUGACUCCGCGGGAACACCUCGGAUUUAUCGCCACACUUAGGGGCAUCCCACCAGAGCGUGUUCAGGCUGAGAUUAACUCCACUCUGGCCGACGUGGACCUACUAGAGAAGGCAGACGAAGUGGUGCGAGGCCUCUCCGGCGGCCAGAAACGAAAACUCUCCGUUGGUCAAGCGCUGGUCGGUGACCCCCGCAUCAUCAUCCUGGACGAGCCGACGGCUGGCGUCGAUCCGUACUCGCGGCGCCACCUCUGGAGUCUGCUGCAGCGACGCAAACACGGCCGACUGAUGCUGCUCACCACCCACUUCAUGGACGAAGCCGACAUCCUGGCCGACCGAAAGGCGAUCGUGUCGGCCGGCAAACUGCGCUGCUGCGGCUCGUCCAUGUUUCUGAAGAAUCGCUUCGGACUCGGCUAUCACCUCACCAUCGUGCAGGGCUCCACGCCGUGUCUGGAGGCUGUGGACAAGAUCAUCGUGUCGUACAUACCGACACGGGAGCGAGGCAGGGCGCACGGCAACGAGCUCACAUUCGUACUACCCAUGGCGUCGGUGGGUCGGUUUCCGGAGCUGUUUGCUGAACUGGAGAAGCAGCAAGAGACGCUGGGAGUGCAGAGUUUUGGCGUCUCGCUCACCACACUGGAGGAGGUAUUCCUGCACCUGGCUGAGACGGAGGACCACUCGGCUGACUCGGAGCCUCUGUCGGCCGUCACCCGAACGGUGCUGAACCAGCGGGCCAGCCUGGGCAGCGCGGAGCACUCGCGGUCCUCGCAGCAGGCCGUCGGCCGUCCUCCCAGCGUGCCCUCGCCGGGCGGCGGCGGGGAUGGCCCUGACUCCAUCCCUCUGUCCGACCUGCCCCGGACCGCGCGGACGGCCGAGCCGCCGGCGGUGCCGCUGCAGCCGUCCUGGCAGCGCGCCAUGGCCGCCCUGAUCCGCAUCCGAGUUCUGUCGUUCAUCCGCGUACCUGCCGCGAUCUUCUUUAUCCUGAUCAUGCCGGCAGCCAUGAUGAUCGGGGGUCUGAUGAUCAACCGCGGCUCGAGCGGAUCGAGCGGCGGCCCGGCGCAGGUGCCGCUCCAUGCUACACUCUACCCCGGCUACUCCCUGCUGUACCACAUGGAGCCGGGGGCUGCUCUGGACCCGGCCGUGCUGCGUGGAUGGGGUCUGCCGGCGGACAGCUUCAACGGCUCGUACCGGGCGCUGCUCAAUAACUCUGUACUGGCCGGGCUGAAUGUGACGAGUGCCGGUGAGGCGGCGGCGGUGCUGCAUGACCAGGCCAUCCACUCGCCGGCUGUGGUGUUGAACGCCGUCAACAACGGGAGACUCAGUCAGCUGCUGCAGUCUGCGUUCAACUCCUCCGCGGCUCUGUCGGUGACCUCCCAUCCUCUACCCAGCGGCGUGACGCUGGACUUCGACUCGAGCGUGUUCUUUUCGUCGUUCAUGGUGGGCUUUCUGUUCCUGAUGGUGCCCUGCAGUAUCGCUGGAGAGCUGGUACAGGAGAGAGAGCUCAAGAUCCGGAACCAGCUCCGAGUGAACGGUCUCAGCUUUACCACCUACUUCCUGUCGUUCUUCAUCGUCGUGUUCGGCCUGUUCUUCGCCCUGUGGGUCAUCAUGCUGAUCGUGGUGCAGGCUGCCGAUGUCACCCUGCUGAAGCCCAUGCCGGCCUUCUCCAUGCUGGCCGUCCUCUACCUCGAGUACAUCUUCGUCGGCCUGCUGUUCGCCAGCAUCGUCUCCUACAUGUUCGACAAGCUGGAGACCUCCAUGUCCGUGUACCCCAACGUGGCCAUCAUGUGCGGGAUGCUGCCCUACAUGCUGGUCUCCCUGCUGGACUCACUGCUGCCCGACUCUGGUGUGGCCCUGCCGCUUCACUACGUGUUCUGCCUGAUCGAUCCGUUCUACAUCCCAUGUGGUGCGCUCUACUAUCUGUCGAAGACGUACAUCAUGGUGAGACUCCUUGAGCAGCGAGACGUGGAGGCGGCCGACUACUGGGCGGCUCCCGAGUUUCUGGUGCCGCUGCUGGUGCAGCUGGUACAGAUCCCGCUGCUCUGGCUGGUGCUGCGGCGCGUCGACGCCAAGAAGAACGCGCACAACGACCAGCCCGGCUGCCUGGCGCGCAGGAAACACACCCGUGACGCAGCAGAGAUGGAGGAGGGCCCUGCUGCGGACGGCGGGGAGCCCGAUCAGGACGUACUGGCAGUACGGGAGCGGGUGGACCGCAUCAUGGACGGGUCGUGGACCGGCCCGGCGCCCGUCAUUGCUGCUCAGAACCUAUGUAAGCUGUACAGAUCUCACGACAAGUCUGAGAAGUCUGCCGGUGGCGACGGCGUUCUACAGGCGGUGGGUGACGUCAGUUUCGCCGUGAAUGCCGGCGAAGUGUUCGGACUUUUGGGGCCGAACGGCGCCGGGAAGACGACCUGUAUGAGGAUGGUGAUCGCUGAGGAGGCGCCCACACGCGGGAAGAUCCAGGUGGCCGGUACGCCCAUCACGGACAGUCUCUCCGAGGCGUUCCAGAUGGUCGGCUACUGCCCCCAGUUUGACGCCCUCUGGAAGUACAUCACCGUCGAGGAGCAUCUCAAGUGUUUCGCGCAGAUCCGCGGCGUCUCCCCGCAGGACUCCCAGCGUAUCGCCAACCACUACAUCGAAGGCCUCCAGAUCGCCGAGCACUCCAAGAAACGCAGCCACGUCUGCUCGGGUGGUACACGUCGCAAACUCAGCUACGCGCUCAGCAUGCUGGGAGAGCCCCGCAUCGUCCUACUAGACGAGCCCUCCACUGGUAUGGACCCGCAGUCGAAGCGCUUCCUCUGGGAUACGAUCGCGGCCGGGUUCCGCGCGGAGCGAGGCGCCAUACUGACGACACACUCCAUGGAGGAGGCGGACGCACUCUGCACACGGCUGGGGAUCAUGGUUCGCGGCAACCUCAGGUGCCUCGGCUCGACACAGCACCUGAAGAACAAGUACGGCGGCGGCUACAUGCUGGAGAUGAAGCUGGGUGCCGGUGAUGACCUCUCUGACCGCAUCGCUGAGGCCCGCCGGCUGGUGAGCGAGGUGUUCCCCGCGGCCAUCCUCGAGGAGAGCUACGGCGAGCGGCUGCGCUACAAGAUACCACAGCAGGACGUCGGCAGUCUCUCCAAGGGUUUCUCAGAGAUGGAAGCAGCCAAGCAGCGUCUGGGCAUGGAGGAGUACAGCUUGAGCCAGACCACGCUGGAGCAGGUGUUCCUGCGCUUCGCCAAGGAGCAGGAGAUGGGUGGCUGAGCCUCCAACUGCUCGACUAAUGCCAGAGCUUUUCUCGGUCGCUCGCUCCGUGUUGGUCUGUGUCUGAUGGGCGGAUAUGAGGGCCUGUGAUGUCUCCAAACAGAAGUUUCGUAACACCGCGUCCCAGCCUUGGGAAUCUAACUCCUGGCCUAACCGUUACCGCGAUGUUGUGGCUAUAUACUGUGAAUGUUAGCCGUUUGUUGCGAGGUGUACCUAGAUGGUGUUGUUAUGUAGUAUUGUUAUUUAUGUUGGUGGUAUUUGUUAUGCCGGCAGGGUGCAGGGCAGUAUUGAUGAAUGUGAUGUUGCUAUUUUGAGUUUGUCUCUUUUGUUGCCUCAAUCACUGCCGGAUGAUGGCUGCUGUUCUGUACCUUUAGUUUGUAGUAGCUGACGGUAGGGGCUUAGUUUGUGAUUAGAACAUUGCCGUGUUACACUGAAUGUCCGCAUGUCCGCUGGCUGUUCUGAAAAGGUCAUGUCUGCCCAUGUGGUUCUCCAUUCUCCAAUAUUGGCGACAUGCACCGGAUGAUGACGUCCGUUUACAAUUUUCGUAACUGAGUGUCCUUAAAACCAAAGCUGCUUUUUCUGUGCCAUCGCUGCACCUGGAGACCAAAGAUCGUUGCCUUGUCCCCAGCGCCGUCCUUCACCGCAAGUUCUACCUGAAUUCUGUCGACCAAGAGGGCUGUGUAUGUACACAACGGGCCUAGGUUCCCGCUAGUGCCAGCUGCUUCACUUUUCUAUUGUCUGCUAAAUGGAUUGCACCGCUGUGCCUUUGUAACGUCGUGCAAAUGGCAGUACUUAAUGAGCAGGCACACCACGCUUAGAAUGUGAUGCCUAGAAAAGGUGCUUCAGUACGAUGGUAGCACGAUGGUGAUCUACUAUACUUAUGAUUGUUUUGCAACUUUUUACAUUCCAAUGCAAUGCAUGGGAAUAUUUUCUGCUGAUAUCGUACUUCGCAGCUGUCGUUAUUUGUGGAAUGUAGAUGUUCUCAGGGCUACUAAGUAAAGCUCCGUUUCGGCUGCCUUGCUAUGGAAGCACAAUUGGACAUGAGUUUGUGGGAUACUUUUUAUGUCGCUUACUUUUGUGCUUUCUGGCCAUGUUGUUGUCAACUUCCAAAGCUCCCACAUGCUAAAGAAUGCUCGCCAAUCGUUAGUCUGUAUGAUUCAAAUCCAGUAUUGCGCACUACAUUAUUCUAUAGCGCGAAUGAUCUAUCUGUGUCACAAAACAUGAAAUCGUGUGUGUUACAAUACAUUGUCCGUCCUGUG